ACAAGAAGCAAGAAAGCCCACCAACACCGUCCUCCACUCAACUAAACCUUUCUUUUUUCUCCCCUCUCUUUCUCGCAUCAAACACCAUUGCUUUGCACCCACAAAGAGAGAGGGAGUUUCCUAUUCACAUUCACAGUUUGAAAGGUUCCUUUUUCAGGCUCUUUAACGACAGCCCAAUUGAGUUUUAACUUGUUUGACGCUAUUUAGAUUGCUGACAGAAGGGUUCCUAGUGUGCACGAUAUUGGAGCUUUUUGAUUGAGAUAUGACUCGAAGGGUGAGGAGAAAGUUGGCACACUCCAAGGAAAAAAAUAAGGAGAUUGUAGGCAGUAAUUCAGAGAAUCAGGAUGAUGGAUGUUUGCGCUCCAGUACCAUUUGUGACCUUGAUUGGAUGGCAUUGCCUGAUGACACAGCUAUUCAGCUAUUUUCUUAUUUAAAUUAUCGAGACCGGGCCAGUUUGUCGGCAACAUGUCGAACAUUUAGACUGUUAGGUUCCUCUCCUUGUUUAUGGGAUUCUCUAGACCUUCGGUACCACAAGUUUGAUAUUGCAGCAGCACAGUCGCUGUCUUCUCGAUCCAAAAAUCUUCGGAAGCUUCGGUUUCUAGGGGCAGAGUCCGCAGAUGCUAUUAUUAGUCUUGAAGCGAGGGAACUUCGUGAAAUUAGUGGUGAUUUCUGUCGGGAUAUCACAGAUGCUACACUUUCAAUGAUAGCAGCUCGACAUGAGAUGCUUGAGUGUCUCCAACUUGGGCCAGAUGUGUGUGAAAGAAUCACCAGCUUUGCAAUCAGAGUAAUAGCACUUUGCUGCCCCAAGUUAAAGAGACUUCAGAUUUCAGGUGUUAAGGAAGUUACUGGAGAAGCCAUAAAUGCUUUAGCUAAGCAUUGUAGGCAAUUGGUGGAGGUUGCAUUCAUGGAAUCCAAUUCUGUUGAUGAACUCGCAUUAGGAAACCUGACUUCUGUCCAAUUUUUGUCACUGGCUGGAACAAAAAACCUGAAAUGGAAUUCAGCUUCAUGUGUUUGGAGUAAAUUGCCCAAGUUGGUGGGGUUAGAUGUGUCAAGGACAGAUAUAACUUUCAGCUCUGUCAUGAGAUUGUUUUUGUCAUCCCAAUACUUGAAAGUGUUGGUGGCCUUGAACUGUCCAGUUUUUGAAGCUGAAGUUGAUAAUCACAUGACAUAUAAUCAUAAGGGAAAAAUAUUACUCACAGUUUUCAAUGACAUUUUCAAGGCAGUAGGCUCGUUAUUUGUCGAUAUUACUGAAAAUGAGAGCAACAACUUAUCUUAUUGGAGGAAAGUAAAGAGCAUCGACAGAAGCAUGGAUGUCAUUGCUACUUGGAUUGAAUGGAUUUUCUCACAUUUUCUUUUACGUAUCGCGGAGAACAACCCCAAGGAGCUUGAUGCUUUCUGGAUCAAGCAAGGAGCAGCUCUGUUGCUUGAUUUAUUGCAAAGCUCACAAGAAGAUGUUCAAGAAAGAGCAGCCAAUUCAAUUGCUACUUUUGUUGUGAUUGACGAUGAAAAUGCCACUGUUGAUUCUCAAAGAGCUGAGGUAGUUAUGCAGAAUGGUGGAAUACAGCUGCUUUUGGACCUUGCUAGAUCUUGCCGAGAAGGACUUCAGUCUGAAGCAGCAAAGGCUAUAGCAAAUUUGUCUGUAGAUUCAAAAGUUGCAAAAGCUGUUGCUGACAUUGGAGGAAUUAAUAUCCUUGUCGGUUUGGCUAGGUCAGUAAACAGAUUGGUUGCUGAAGAGGCUGCUGGAGGCCUAUGGAAUCUUUCCGUUGGAGAAGAGCAUAAGGGUGCCAUUGCUGAGGCUGGCGGUAUAAAAGUUUUGAUUGACCUUAUUUAUAAAUGGCACGCUGGCAAUGAUGGGGUACUUGAACGAGCAGCUGGAGCACUGGCAAAUUUGGCAGCUGAUGACAGCUGUAGCAUGGAAGUGGCAGUGGCAGGCGGUGUCCAUGCUCUUGUAAUGCUUGCUAGAUCCUGCAAGUUUGAAGGAGUGCAAGAGCAGGCUGCUCGUGCAUUGGCCAAUCUAGCUGCUCAUGGAGAUAACAAUAAUGACAAUGCUGCUGUUAGGCGAGAGGCAGGAGCACUUGAAGCAUUGGUCCAACUCACUUCUUCCCAGCAUGAAGGUGUAAGGCAAGAAGCUGCUGGUGCUCUGUGGAAUUUAUCAUUUGAUGACAAAAAUAGAGAAGCAAUAGCGGCAGCUGGUGGCAUCACAGCCUUGGUUUCUCUAGCACAAUCAUGUUCAAAUUCCUCCCAAAGUCUUCAAGAAAGGGCUGCGGGUGCUCUUUGGGGAUUGUCAGUAUCAGAAGCCAACAGUAUUGCUAUUGGGCAAGAAGGCGGUGUAGCUCCACUAAUUGUACUGGCUUGCUCAGAUAUUGCAGAUGUCCAUGAGACUGCUGCAGGUGCUCUUUGGAAUCUGGCUUUUUAUCCCACCAAUGCUCUUCGCAUAGUAGAGGGUGGAGGAGUCCCAGCCCUCAUUCAUCUGUGUUCUUCAUCGGUAUCAAAAAUGGCACGUCUAAUGGCUGCAUUGGCUCUGGCAUACGUGUUUGAUCAGAGAACGGAAGAAUUUGCACCAGGGGGGCCUUUAUCAGAGGGAACCUCAAAGACCAUGAACUUUGACGAGAUUAAAAGGGUGGCCCUGAAGAAAAUUGAAGCAUUUGUGCUUUCUUUCUCUGUUCCACAAAAUUUUGCUGCUGCAAUGGUGUCAUCCGCCCCCAAAGCCCUUGGACAAGUAGCAGAAGCAGUACGUAUACCAGAAGCAGGGCAUCUGAGAUGCAGUGCAGCUGAGAUUGGAAGAUUUGUUGCUAUGUUGCGGAAUCCUUCUUCUAUACUCAAGGCUUGUUCUGCCUUUGCUCUUCUCCAGUUUACAAUCCCGGGAGGACGACAUACAUUGCAUCACACAAGCCUGUUGCAAAAUGCAGGAGCACCAAGAGUCUUACGCGCUGCUGCAGCAGCAACUACGGCCCCAAUUGAAGCCAAAGUUUUUGCAAAAAUCAUACUUCGCAAUCUUGAACACCACCAUUUGGAAGCUUUAAAUUAGAUCUUGGAAAUGGUUUCUUUCUGAAUCUCUGCUACUCAAUCCAUCAACUUCCAAAUUCCUGCUUGUGUUUCAUAAAGCAUCAUGGUGGUAAUUUCCAAUGCAGCCAUAUAUUCUCGUGAGUUGUGGCAUGGCCAAUGCAAAAGCACAUUGGUUGAAUGUGAGAUGCUCUUGGAUGCUUCCGGGGAUGCAGGAGCAAAGGAUGACUUGGUCACGUUUGCUUGACAUAACUGGUUGGUAGCAACCAUGCAUGCAGGGGAAGCGUUGAGCAUACGUUCUUUAUUGCAGUUUUGAAUUUGACCAUGUAGAGCCUGAUUUUACAUAAAUCAUGUGACGAAAACUAGAUGUAAACAUUUUCGAUUUGAAACUCGUUGUGUCAGGGUUUUAGGAAUCAAUGGAACUCAUAAGUGAUCGCCAAUGGGUUCUUGUUGAGUGACAAGACCAAAAGUUGCCGAAUAUUAGUGGUCUUUGCUCUUGUCAGUUCUGUGUCUUUGCCGCAUGCAACCUAAUCAUACACCACCAUGACUUGCUCGAA